UUCUUUGACGUAGGCUCCACUGCAUUGGCUGUUCGAGCCUGUCACCUUUACACCCAAACUCCCGUCUACCCAACGAGAGCGCCUCUCGGGCUCAGCUGAUACAGGGUUUAUUAAUUGUGCGCGGGUCGAUUUAUAUUGUUGUAAAACAGAUUGAACAGUUUGUUUCCCAACACCGACGACGCUCCUGCAGUUUGUCAUGGCCACGCGCAUACGACCGAGCAGUAAGAGGUGUGCAGUGAUAGGAGGCUCAGGAUUCCUGGGUAGACACCUGGUAGAGAAGCUUUUGGGUAAAGGCUACACUGUGUCGGUGUUUGACAUCAGACAGAGCUACGAACUACCAGGAGUCACCUUCCACCAGGGAGACCUCUGUGACAAACAGGCUCUCCUAACAGCCCUCCAAGGCGUCUCCCUGGUGUUCCACUGUGCCUCUCCAGCCCCAGCCAGUGAUGACAAGGCUCUGUUCCAGAGAGUCAACAUCCAGGGGACACAGACUGUCCUACAGGCCUGCACUGAGGCUGGAGUACAGAAAGUGGUACUGACCAGCAGUGCCAGUGUGGUGUUUGAAGGAACAGACAUCAAGGAUGGGAGAGAAGACCUUCCCUACGCCAAGAAUCCCAUCGACUACUACACAGAGACCAAGAUCGAACAGGAGAAGCUGGUUCUGAAGGCCUGUGACAAGGAGAAGGGCCUCCUGACAGUGGCCAUCCGACCUCACGGUAUCUUCGGCCCCCGGGACCCCCAGCUGGUGCCCAUUCUGGUCGACACUGCACGCAGGGGCAAUAUGAAGUUCAUCAUCGGUGAUGGUUCUAACCUGGUGGAUUUCACCUUCGUGGACAAUGUGGUUCAUGGUCUCAUCCUGUCAGCUGAGAGUCUGAGGCCAGAGUCUCCUAUCUGUGGCAAGGCGUACCACAUCACUAAUGACGAACCUGUCCGGUUCUGGGACUUCAUGUCAGAUAUUCUAGUAGGUCUGGGCUACUCUGCUCCGCGCUACAACCUACCCUACACACUCGUCUACGGGCUGGCUCUGCUGCUGUGGCUGCUGUCUCUGUUACUAUGCCCCCUAGUGGCCUUCAAACCCACCUUCACCCCCAUGAGGGUGGCCCUGGCAGGUAAACACCACUUCUACAGCUGCUCCAGAGCCAAGCAGGACAUGGGGUACAAGCCUGUGGUCGGUCUAAAGGAUGGAAUCAGACGCACGGUGGAGAGCUAUCCUCAUCUACGACAUGGAGCCUGAUGAUUGUACCUGCAGUAUGGUAGCCUGGUAGCCUGGAAACCAAACUGAUAUGUUCCGUGUAACAAUGGUGAAAUGGAUCGUAUCAGUUUCGAUUCCAGGCUAGUGGUACAGAACCUCACUUGAGUCCUAACUUGAGAUCUAUGCUCAUUAAUCACUGCUGUCAAUGGGAGAAAAACAUUUGAAGCUGUGUGUACAGUUAUGAAGUUAAGAUUCAACCCGAAGGGUCGGACUGAUUCAUACUCUCACCAGUGUCUUGUUCUUUAGGUAACAACAAAGUUUUCUUUUCCAAACUCUGCUAUAUUUGUGGGCCCAUAAUACUAACUGGGGGUAUAAGCCUGUGAAAUGAGUGCGCUCUUUCAUGUCUGUGAACUCUCACCUUUCCUAGGACAGUCAGUAACACAGUUUUUGCCUGGAUUCAGUACCGCUCUUCACCAAUAGAGAGCAGCACACAUUUCUUCUCAAUGUGGAUACACCAUCUAACAUGGUUUCCAGCACUUCCUGUUGCCAUUAUUCACGAGCACUCAUUUUGAUGUACUGUGACUGUUUUCCCUCUACAGCCAUCUUGUUUCUAGUCUCUUAUACAAAUCACAAGCCGAAGGGUCGGACUGAUUCAUACUCUCACCAGUGUCUUGUUCUUUAGGUAACAACAAAGUUUUCUUUUCCAAACUCUGCUAUAUUUGUGGGCCCAUAAUACUAACUGGGGGUAUAAGCCUGUGAAAUGAGUGCGCUCUUUCAUGUCUGUGAACUCUCACCUUUCCUAGGACAGUCAGUAACACAGUUUUUGCCUGGAUUCAGUACCGCUCUUCACCAAUAGAGAGCAGCACACAUUUCUUCUCAAUGUGGAUACACCAUCUAACAUGGUUUCCAGCACUUCCUGUUGCCAUUAUUCACGAGCACUCAUUUUGAUGUACUGUGACUGUUUUCCCUCUACAGCCAUCUUGUUUCUAGUCUCUUAUACAAAUCACAAGCCGAAGGGUCGGACUGAUUCAUACUCUCACCAGUGUCUUGUUCUUUAGGUAACAACAAAGUUUUCUUUUCCAAACUCUGCUAUAUUUGUGGGCCCAUAAUACUAACUGGGGGUAUAAGCCUGUGAAAUGAGUGCGCUCUUUCAUGUCUGUGAACUCUCACCUUUCCUAGGACAGUCAGUAACACAGUUUUUGCCUGGAUUCAGUACCGCUCUUCACCAAUAGAGAGCAGCACACAUUUCUUCUCAAUGUGGAUACACCAUCUAACAUGGUUUCCAGCACUUCCUGUUGCCAUUAUUCACGAGCACUCAUUUUGAUGUACUGUGACUGUUUUCCCUCUACAGCCAUCUUGUUUCUAGUCUCUUAUACAAAUCACAAGCCGAAGGGUCGGACUGAUUCAUACUCUCACCAGUGUCUUGUUCUUUAGGUAACAACAAAGUUUUCUUUUCCAAACUCUGCUAUAUUUGUGGGCCCAUAAUACUAACUGGGGGUAUAAGCCUGUGAAAUGAGUGCGCUCUUUCAUGUCUGUGAACUCUCACCUUUCCUAGGACAGUCAGUAACACAGUUUUUGCCUGGAUUCAGUACCGCUCUUCACCAAUAGAGAGCAGCACACAUUUCUUCUCAAUGUGGAUACACCAUCUAACAUGGUUUCCAGCACUUCCUGUUGCCAUUAUUCACGAGCACUCAUUUUGAUGUACUGUGACUGUUUUCCCUCUACAGCCAUCUUGUUUCUAGUCUCUUAUACAAAUCACAAGCCAUCAUGCUGUUUGUUCAUUUAAAUCACAAGCGGUCAUGCAAUUCAUUUCAAAUAAAAUAUCUUGUCUUACAUUC